CGUGGUUGUUUACCAAAAAUUUUAAAUUGCGAUAAGUAAUUAAUUCAAACAGCUGAGCUUUUAAUAUUUCACAAUUUUGCAUUGCUUGCAUUUUAUCAGUUCUGUCUACGUGUAUAAACUUUCCAUAUUUUGCAAAAGUUUCCAGUUUUAUUUGUGCAAAGAGAUAGAAAUGUCGAGCCCCAAGGAAGAAUGUGUCUUGAAGGCUGGCCACCCUCCAGCAGUUAAAGCUGGUGGUAUGAGAAUUACCCAACACAAAACCCGCAAAGAUUCUGGUGGUCUAGGAGAAGACACCACUGGUAUCACUGUAUCUGGAAGCCCACCGAAAAGCAUCACUGUAUCUGGUGCAGUUGUUAAAGGCCAUGCAGACUUUACUCCUGAGGCUGUGCAGAGUUUCCACAGAGAGAAACCACCGGUAGCUCAUUCUAACAAAUCGAACACUCACAUCAUUCAACAGCCCAGGAAAUAAGUUGAUACUGGUGUCUUUGAUGAUGAUAUUUUUGCUAGAUAUAGGUUUUUGUCAUAUUCUUUUUUAUUAGUCUUGUGCCUAGAACUUUUCAGUGGUGAUUCAAAUGCAACUGCAGAAAAGCUUCAGGUUAUUUUGUUCUAUUAUUAUCUAUAUUUUAUUAUAAUAUGCAUUUAUUCUCAUACUUAAAACAUGUUUGAAAAAAAAAUUGUGUAAAAUGUUCAUUAUUUUGUGGUGUUUGGGAUUUAUAUAAAAUCUACUUAUGUUGGAGUAAAUAAAAAGCUUUUAUUAUUAAUACUUUAAUAACAAAUUGAGUAUUUUAUUUAAUUUAGCAGAUAUUAAGUGGCAGAUUUAUUCCAGCUA